CUGAUAACCAUUUACUCUUUCUUUUCUUAGACAACACGAUCAUACAAAGGCUCGAGCUACUCUAUAUUUGCUCUCUCUGUUUGUCAUUCCCAAUAUUUGCCAUGCACCCCGCCUUCCAAAACCUCGAAGUCAUACACACAGUUAGUUCAUACACCCAACACGGUUCGCUUCCUGCAUUUGCAUCCACAUGCCGCGCGUUCGAGAGCCCAGCACUUAAUGUCCUUUGGAGGUAUUUGCAGUCCGUGGAGCCCCUCGUCAAAUGUUUACCAAGUGACUUGUUUGGCAUUGAUCACGGAUGUGUGGUAUUGCAGAAACCUCUUGAGGGCAAGAUGUGGGAUACUCUUUCCAAAUACACGUCCCGCGUACACUCGAUCACACAAUCCGGCCAUCUGAAGGGUAUUGAGCACCUCAGCUUGCUAAUGCUGUCUUGUCCUCUGGCGUCUGCAUCUUUGUUUCCGAACCUUCACGAAAUAACAUGGCGUGCCGAUGGAACCCAAUGCGCUGCAGAGUUCUUACGGAUGGCUUUUGUACCCACCUUAUUGGUCUUGGACCUGCAGAUUUUGUCAGCUUCUUCCGCUUUUCUCUCGGUUCUCUCGUCUCUUGGCACCUUGUGUCCUCGCCUCCAGGACAUAGUCGUUAAAGUUCCACAUCCAACCGACCACUUGUUCCGUAAAAGUUCGCCCUUCAUCACACUACCCAUAUCCCAGCUCCACCAUCUCCGUACCUUGCGGGUAUGGGACCUAGGAAACCGAGGCAUCGAGCACGUUAUGCAGCUGCGAGCUCUGCAAUCACUGUGGUUGGACUUAAGAGCAUCAUCAACUUGGGAUGCCCGGCCUCACUUGCAAUUCCCUGGCUUUGAUGAUUUGCAUUUGUUGGGUUUUUUUGCACGUACAUUCGAGUGCGUCUCGAACUUCUUGAGUUCACUUCAGGUCGUCAGAAGCAAAGGAAUCAGCAUCUGCCUCUCCCACAAGGCCUCCGCAAAUGGAUCCACCGUUAUGAUGCUAUCCCAGCUCUUCACCAUCCUCCGAGAGAGAUGCGAGAACGACAAACUUGAAUCCUUCGUUCUCUUUGUUAAUUCGACGAAGGUGUUCAAGCAGGUACGCACAGAACCGGGUAUCUUCACGCCACUGCACGCAUACUCCAACUUAACCCGGUUGGAUAUCGAGAAGUGCUGUGACAUGUCCAUGUCUGACGAGGAGCUUUGUCAACUGGUGGGAACCUGGCCUAAACUCCGAGUGCUCAAAAUUAGCUGCCAUGUCGCCAUAAAUGACACCACGGUCCCUACAUUCCAUGGGUUAAUCAGUUUACUUCGGCUCUGCCCCGCUCUGACUUCACUUGCUCUUGUCAUCGAUACCACUAAGCUGGAAGGCAUAGAUCUCAAAUGCCCCGGUGGUGAACGCUGCAAUGAACAACUCAAAUCCCUCGCCCUCGGGAAUUCAUCCAUCGAAUCGCCAGUAAACGUAGCUCUCAUCCUCAGUGGCCUCUUCCCCUGCCUGACGCAGGUCAAUCUUGAUUGUUGGGAUACGGCCCCAAUGAAUUCGUUGCCCCAGAAGAAGUCAGACAUGGAGCGAUGGGAAUUAACCAAUAGCAUCCUUGGUGGCUUUAGCCUUGUGAGGCAGCGGGGCAUUAAAGCAUGUCGUUGUUCUGACCUCUAGGUUACGCUUGAGUCGUCACCUACACAUUUUGAUAACACGCGAAUGUACACAUGGUAGGCUCCGGAUGCUCCCUAUACUGCAUGUCCACCGAUAGCACCUCCAAAGCCCUCAAAAUCAUGCAUUCCAUGUCCCUGAAAAGUGCACCUUGGGCACCCAUAAGUUAAUGACACAGUAGCGCCCCGGAAGCCGGGUCUGGAGAAGUGAUUCAAAUAUUCACCAUUAG